UAAGUGGGCGAAUUAAUGAGAAGCGGCGACGGGAAAUUCCUUGAAAGGGAGGAAAAUGACAGUUUGGAGAAAGGCCCGUGGGCGGUGGGGAAACGGGAGGAGGAGGUCGUGCGCCGCGGCCGCGGAUCGAUCCAUGCGAGCAUCGGCCGAGCUCUGCCUCAGUCCGUGACCAGACGCCGACCUAUUUCUUUCGUGCCAGUAUUUCAGCAACCAUCAACAUUUACUGUUGGCUCAGCUCCUCCGCCAACACGGCGAGGCCUUCCUAUGUCAUGCCGGGCGGAGCAAAAAAAAGCUGUAUUUCCGACUCUGGCCCUGCAUGACCAUAGUCACACGCACGACCACAGCCACAAUCAUGUGGAAAGGCCUAAAAAGCUAGCUCACCAACCAAAAAGCAAGUCGGAAAGUAAGGACAGCCCAGAAAAGGAAAAGACGGAAGCCCAUGCAAAGCAAAAGCACAAAAACAAAUCGGAUAACAAGUAGAAAUGAAGCGCAGCAAUGUCUUAACUGUGGGAUAUAUCAAAGGGUGGGAACCAAAAGAGUGAUAGAUCCAUUAGUCUCAAUAUAAAUUAAAACAGAAUUUUUUUAAAAUAAAUAAAGCCAAAUAAUUGUUAUUUUUAAAAUACAUGAUUCUGUAUGAAAAUCAUCGCCCAUUUGUAUAUAAAACAAUUUUAAUAAUUUCAUUGUUAAAAUAAUAGUGACUAAAUUAUGAUUGUAAAUAUUCCAAUGGUUACAAUAUUUUAUAUAAUUAAAAUUCUAUAAAUUACGAUGUAUGUCCAUUACAGCAUACUGUGAAGUUAUUUUAUUCUAGAGUUGAAGUAUCGAUCCUUUAAAAUAUUUAUAUAGGUAUUAAUCCCAAAAUUAAAUAAGAGUUUUUACUGUUUUUCUAGUCAUAUCGAGAACAUAUAUUUUAAUUAACUUAGAAAUACAAUUUACCUAAUUUAAAAAAAAAAAACAAAAAAAAAACAAGGGGGCAUGCAUAAAUUGAACAUAGUUUAUAUGUGUGUCACAUGAUGUAAGGUGUUUGGAAUUUUUGAAAUCCAAUAAAUCAUAUUUAAUUAUGUUAAACUACAUAAUAUUGUCAUUGAAUUAAUUCAAAUUAUUUUCUAUACGUCAAUGUGAUAGCAAAGCUUUACCUUGAGCGUAGAAUUUAGAUUUUAUAUCAGAUGAACUUUAUUGUGACACCAAUAUUAAAACGAAAGUUCUACCAUAAAAACGUUUAUUGUUAAGAUAAGAGAGCACGUCUGGAUGAUUGCCUUUAUGUGUAAAAUGCUCAAUAAUUCAAUUACGAAAAAAACAUCAUCAAGUCAGUCCAGGGAUAACCCAUUUAUUCACAAUUUCCUUCCUUAAAAAGAAAAAUAAACUAGGUUUCAAUUGGUGCUAUAUCAGUAACUGCCAGGAAAACCAAGUUUCCUUUUGACAGACAUUCUAGCGUGAAUAACAAGGGAUUAAUAUACUUUACAUUUCCAGUCAACCCGUUAACAACACUGAAAUCAAAGAUCUUGAAAGUGACAUAUCUAAGAAGAGAAUGUUUAAAAUUUCAAAAGACUAGUAUGAAUGACAGUAUGAGUGUCUCAAUAUUUGAAGAAAAAAAAAAAAAUUAAAAAUCGAUGUUCUCAAAUAACAUAGUUUAAGGUUUUAUUAUAAUUUACUAAAAUUUAAACUUCCAUGCUGCCGUUCAAAAUAUUUUGUCCGUAUCAUUCAUUCCUAGUGGAUCUUAAGAAAUUAUGUGUAAUAUGUAAAUUGUUUAACAUAAAAAAUUAAACAUUCCUAUACUUUCCCGCUUCUUGUAACUCACUUAGUUCAAUAGUGCUAAUUAGUGUUUUGAUUUAAUGUUUUAAAUGUAAAUGUUUCACUUAAUUUUAAUUGUAGCAAAUUAACACCCAAUCCAACUACAUAAUGGAGUACAAAUAAAGGCAAUUUGUAUUAAU